AUGAUUUUAUAUUUUAGCACAUAUAUUUUAUUUCCGAUUGUUUUUGUGAGAGCCUACACAGAUGACUUGAUCGACAUAACAUUUGGUCAACGAGAUUCUGCCUUUCUAAUCAGUGACAAUCAAAGCCUUAAAUAUAAUUCUUCAGCAUUUUUCGCAUCAGCAAGCAACCUGGACCGUUAUGAGAUCGAUGCGUCGAUAGGAUUUUUGCACAGUUCUUUAACUGUCUUGGGUGAUAAGCUGAUCAAAAAUUCAAAAUUUCAUGUGACUGUACAUAGUUUUGAUAUGGAGAUAAGCGAAGAGACAAAAACGUUGCACUUUCUAUGUCAUGCAGUCUACUAUGGUAAAGUCAGUGAAUUAGCAUUCGAAUCGAGCAGUAUGUGUUGCAUUAUAUCCAUAAAUGCUUCGUACUUUAACGAGUUGACAUCUUGUGUUCUGGUUAUCGACCGUGUUAGUGAAAACUGGAUAUGCCAUGCAUCAAUUCAACUUCCACAAGCUCUUUGGAAGCAGACCCAGUCGCCAGAAGUUACUCUUGCAUAUGCGUCAUCGGGUUUUAUUUCGAAUCCGGAUAACGUCAAACAACAACAUGAUAAUCAUGAUAAUUUUAAGCGCUGUCACUUGUCACUAAAUCCCGUCAAGUUAUCGUUUGUUUCUAUCCCAUCAGUUAACAUUGCACAUACAGUCCCAGAUGCCAUUCGUGAAUUAGGAAGAAGUUUAUUGUUACAGAUCCCGAGGAGGGAAUUAAAAACAAAUGAGGAAUUUUUGGUAACUGUUCGUCUGAAACGUUUUGACGAUGUUUCGGAUUUUACUUUGAGAUGUGAAAUACCAUCCAAUACUUAUGUUGAAUUUGUUCGUGUAAUCUGGCCAGCUGGUGUGAAUUCAAUAAUAUCUCCUUCAUCGUCACCAUCAUUAUCAUCACCAGUAUCUUUAUCAUCAACAACUAAUGGUGAUACAAGUUCUUCCGUAGAAGUUGAAGAAUUCUUUGAUACUCAAACUGGACCAACUAGUAGAUCUUCUGAAAGAAAUGACAUAAGAUCACAUAAUAUGUGGGAUGUAUUCCAUAGAAGUGUAAUCAGUUCAAAACGUAAUGUAACUGAAAUCGUUGCUCGUUUCAGAGAAGAUUUAGUUACAUCUAAUCCAUCUUCAAAAUACAGUUCAGCAACUGAAGUGUACAAAUUACAAUUUCGUGUUACCAAACCUCAGUCUAAUUCACCUGGACGUGUUGCACCAAGAAUAUUUUGGAGUUUAGUUAGUUUAAGUCGACGAAAUUCACCAGAUCAUUCGAUUAGUGCAAGUCCAGUUGUGACAAGAUUGAAUAUCGAACCGUCUGAAUUCAAACACAUAACAAUGGUGUUAAAAACAUCGGCAUUGGUAAAUCUUGCUGUUUUAACUGGACAACCAACAAUUUAUCCUGUAUGGGUAUAUGGAUUAACACAUGAUUUAAAAUUAAUUGAUAUCACUAAUAAAGCAACAUGUCAUACUGGUGAUGAUGCUGUAAUACAUUUUGCACAAGAUAUUUGUUCAAAACUUGGAUUCUCUGGUGCAGAAUUAGAUGGUUCUCCAGGAUUACCAUUAGUAGCAAAAAUGGAUGGUCGUAGUGCUAGUGCAACACUAUUAGUUUGGUAUCCAAAAUCACCUUCACUUAAAUUAAUUGUUGAAUCAAGUUCAACUAAUAGUUAUGAUUCUAUGAAUCAAGAUUCAUCAAAUCAUAUUACAAUAAAACGUCUUGCUACAGAAAUUGUUGCAGCACAUUCAAAUUUUCAUCAAUCUCCAUGGACUAAUCAAAUUAAUUCAACUGAAGCACUUCAAUUUUUCCAAUACUUUAGGAUACGUAUAAUGGCACGAUUUAUUUUAGCUAGUUCUGUUUUACAUGAUAAAGAUGUACUUGGUGGACGUAUUAAUCAAUAUGUUGAUGUCACUGAAUUUACAAUACAUCGUUUACGUAUAGAAUAUAUUCAUGAAAAUUUAAUCAAUAAUAAUUUAUUAAAAAAUUCUAAUGAAAAUUAUUUAAUCAAUAUUAAUCAAUCAAUCAAUAAUCAUUAUCAAUUACCAAUACGUUUAAUUAAAAUAGGUAAUCAUUAUAAUCAGAAAUUAACCAAUCAAUUAUCUUCUAAAUUAUCCUCAUCAUUAUCAUCAUUCAAUUCGAAUCAAUUUAAUAAACCAUUACGUGUAUGGAUUAUUGGACAAUAUAUUGGUAAUGUUAAAUUAUAUUUAUCACCAAUUAAUAGAAAUUUAUUAAAUACAUUUAUACCGCCAGGUUUAAUAAAACAAUUAAAAGAUCAUACAUCAAUACAAUUACAUAAUGAUAAUCAAUCAUUAUUAUUAAAAAAUGAUGAACAAUUUAAAGAGCCAAGUAUAACUGUUCAUGUUACAGAUGAAACAAGUAUAUGGCCUGUUGGAUUAUCUGCACAAUUAGUAACAGAUUUCUCUAUCUCUGUUAGUCAUUCAUCCGGUAUGGAUGAUACACAUCAAAGAACAAGUUCAACGUUAUCAUCUUCAAAUAGUAAUAAUAAUAAUAAUAUUGAUAAUAAUAAUAAUGAUAAUUUAUUCUUAUCAUCAUCUACAGAACGUAUGCCAAUUCUAUCUGGUGUUUAUUCACUUAAAGUUGAAUUAAAAGGUAGUAAGUUAACUCAUAGUGGAUCAAUUAAUUCAGAAUUUAAUCAACCUAAUUUAAAUACACAUAGAAAAAUGUCAAUAUUAUCUAAUAAUAAUGAUAAUUAUCAUUUUAAUAAUAAAACAAAUCAAUUAAAUGCAAUUACAAUGGGUAAUCCUAUUGGAUUUCUUAUUGUAUGGAUACAUUUAUCUGAUGGUUCAUCUAUUUUAUGGAAUCGAAUGACUGAGAUUUAUGAACGACUUUAUGGAAAGGAUAAGAUUCCAAUGAGUUUAUCAAUUAAAAAUUGUCGACCUGAUUUAUUCUGGAUUGAAACUAGUUCACCUGGAUUAGUAGAAACAAAACAACGUUCUGUAAGAGGAGUAUCUCCAACUUCAAGUUUUUUCUCAUCAGAAUCUUCUCAAAUUUUAUCGAAAUCUUCAUUUAUUCGACAAAAUAAUAAUCGAUUUCUUAGAUUAUCUCGUCGUUCAGUACGUAUGAAACCACAUUUACUUCGAACUGGUGAUCAUUCUAUAUCACGUAAUCAACAAACAUACAGUAAUAUGUUACGUAAUGGAAUCGUAAAGAACAUAACAUUAAUUAAUGCAAGUAAUUAUUGGUCUGGUCCAAUAGUAUGGUUACUUCACAGAAAAAUCAAAUUUUCUGGUGAUAUAUUAGAAGUUGGACUAACAUCACCAAGUGGAAAUCUUCUAGUUCCACAUGUUCGUAUUCGUGGUGAAAUAAUAACUCCUAAAAAUAGUUUAUCUAUGAAUGAAUACUUAGAAAGUAACGAUCAUUAUGAAUUGAAUUCAAAAACUAUACAAGAAAGUAAUACCAAUCAAGGCAAUAUACAUGGUUCUAUGGCAUUUAAAGAUGCUCCCGGAUUUCAAAAACUGGAUUAUUAUCAUCCAAUCUAUUCAUCAUCAUCAGCAUUAUCAUCAUCGUCUUCGGAUAAAAUCUCUAAUUCACAAAACCCUCAGCUAUCUAAUACUGUUUCUAUAAAUUCUGAUGAUAUUAACGUAGACGAUAGAUUGUCUAUUUUAUCUGAUGUUGGUGGUGGAAAUACUAAUCAUGUAGAAAAUAAAGAAUUAAUAAAAGACAGUAAAAAUAAACCAUCCAUUAAUCCCAGGAGUGGUAGUCGUAACAGUAACAGUGGUUACAAUGGUAUUAAUGGAAAUAAUGACAGGGCUAACGAUGCAAAAACUAGUUCAAGACCUGCAUUAGAAAUGAGUAUGUAUAUUUUACUUGGUCUAUUUGCUGUAGUUGGACUUGUAUUUGCUGUUAAUUGUGGCGUUGUUGUUGUACGUUAUCGUUGGGAGAAGAUGAAUAUGGAUAAUACUGACGGUAUUGACACUGCUACUCGUAAUGGUAGCUGUAGUAUUGCUAGUGGUUGUGUUCGAGGAAAAUAUAAUAAAUCACUUAAUGAUGAUAACAAUCACUCUCAAUCUUUAACAUUUACUGACCCAGUAUCCAAUAAUAAUGAGGUGACAGAUCAUAAUCAAUUAAUAUCGGCUAUUUCUACUUCACCAAAGUAUAAUUGGAAAAAUCAUCCAAAAAGUGAUGCUGAUAAUCAUGACAAACUAUUGCCAACUAAUAUUAAUAGUCAUAACAAAAUAAAGAACGGAAACGCACUAAACGAUCUGCUUCAUCAGUGUUUGGUAGUCGUCAAAAACACAAGCCAUUGUUACAUCGUGAUUCAAGUUGGGUAUGGGUUGGUCGUCAACAUGUUAUUAGUGAACAAAAUGAAACUGAUAAAUUAG